UCCAUUUUUGUGUGUUUGACGUGUAAAAGGUUGCUACCAUAAACCAUCUGGAGAGAGGAUUGUUCAUAUAUAGCUUAAUACCACACAAGGACUUACAACAACAUGGCCAACUUAAUGGACCAGUACGAGUCGCACCAGUACCGUGGGAGCGGCCGCACGCAGCGCCAGUCCAAGGACUCCAUCCCGGAGCCGAUCUCCACGGGAUUCAUCAGCGCCCGGCUCGAGGACGAGGUCCCGAUCUUCAACAAGCAGAAGAUCCAGUUCAAGCCUCGUGACCCCAUCACACACCUAAAGGUGAGUAACAACAUGCUGGUGCUGGCCAUGUCCAGUAAUCUUCUCCUGCGGAUCGACCUUGAGAACAAGGAGAACACGGACGAGGUGGAGAUCAGCCACUCGCUGGACAACCGUCCGACCCGCCUGCACCUGGACCCGCUCGGGCGCCACCUCCUCAUCUCCAUGUCCAACCAGGAGACUCUGUAUCUCUCGCGGAACUCCAAGAAGCCGAAACCUCUCGUCAAGCUUAAGGGGUACGUGAUCGAGAGCGUGGGGUGGAACAACUACAACACCAGCGAUAUGUCGACGGGUCCGAUACUGUUCGGUACAUCCCGCGGUUUGAUAUUUGAGGGAGAGAUUGUGUCGGAGGACGAGAGCAAGUUCUUCGCGGGAGCGGCGGAUAAGUACUUCAAGCAGGUGUUCAGUCUGGGAAAGGAGAACCCGUCUCCGGUCAACAGCCUCCACUUCGACCGCAUGCCGCACAACUCGCAGUCGGAGCAGAAGUACUUUAUCAUGGCGACCACGCCCGGGCGCCUCUACCAGUUCAUCGGGACCAUUCCCGUCACCAGCGACCCGCCGAUUUUCCAGCCCAUCUUUGCGAAUUACGAGGACAGUCCCGCAAGGUUUUUAGAGCUGCCUGGUAAUUUUGGGUACAGUAAUCUCCAGUAUUACCAUCCCAAGGGCAUCAAGUCUGCGCCCGAGCAGUUUGCAUGGAUGACCGGCCCGGGAGUUUACUUCGGCAGCUUCGACCUCAGCCCGCAACAGAACCAAGACGUCACCUCGGAGAGCAAGCUCAUCGCAUAUCCCUCAGACAAUAACACCUCCCAGAAUCCUCUCUCCAUCGUAUUGACAGAAUUUCACAUCUUGCUGGUGUUCCCGGACUGCGUAAAAGCCAUCUGCCACCUGAACGAACAGCUCAUCUUCGAAGACUUCCACCGGACGGGGACGUUUGGCAAACUCCUUGGGAUGAGCAAGGAUCCGAUCAAAGGGUCGAUCUGGUCGUUCUCAGACCAGGCCGUGUUCAAGUACAAGGUUGUUCGCGAGUCGCGGGAUGUCUGGCAGAUGUACCUGGACCGAGGGGAGUACGAUCUAGCGCUGGCGUACUGCAAGGACAAUCCGGCCAACAGGGACAAAGUGCUGACCAAGCAUGCCGAACACUUCUUCCAGGAGAAGCAGUAUGAUAAGAGCGCCAUGCUGUACGCACAGACUCAGAACUCGUUCGAGGAGGUGGCUCUGAAGUUCAUCCAGAUGGACCAGCAGAAAGCCCUACAGACGUUUCUGUGGAAGAAACUAAACGGGCUGAAGCCAGCGGAUAAGACCCAGACGACCAUGCUGGUGACCUGGCUGAUCGAGCUGUACCUGAACAGACUGGGCGCGCUGAAGGAACAGGGGCUGCAGAACGACGGCAAAUACUACACACUGAGGGACGAGUUCAGGAAGUUUCUGGCUCACCAAAGAGUGAAGGACUGUUUGAGCUUCAACAAGAACACGGCGUACGACCUGAUCGCCAGCCACGGGAACAUCGAGGACCUGGUGUUCUUCGCCAUGCUGAUGCACGACUACGAGCGCGUGAUCAGCCACCACAUCCAGCACGAUGACUACAGGGCCGCACUGGACGUGCUCACCAACAAACAGGGCGACACAGAACUGUACUACAAGUUCUCCCCAGUCCUGAUGCAGUACAUCCCCAAGCAGACCGUGGACUCCUGGAUUGCCAAGGGGAGGAAGCUAGACCCACAACGUCUCAUCCCCGCUCUCGUCAACUACGAUCACUCCCACGAUUCAAAGUAAGUGAUUGAAGCGAUCCGGUACCUGGAGUUCUGUGUUCAUGACCUGAGCGUACAGGACACAGCCAUCCACAACUACCUACUGUCUCUGUACGCCAAACUACAGCCUGAACAACUCAUCAAAUAUCUCAGGAUACAGGGCCAGAAUCCCGAUAGCGUGCCGUAUGACCUGAAGUACGCCCUGCGCCUCUGUGCGGAGCACAGCCACAAGGAGGCGUGUGUGCACAUCUACCGCACCAUGGGGCUGUUUGAGGAGGCUGUGGAACUGGCACUGCAGGUUGAUGUGAACCUGGCCAAGGUGAACGCUGACCUGCCUGAGGAUGAUGAGGAGCUGAGGAAGAAGCUGUGGCUGCGCAUCGCCCGGCAUGUGGUGGAGGAGGAGAAGGAUAUCAAGAAAGCCAUGGAGUUCCUGCACGAGUGUGACCUGCUGAAGAUCGAGGAUGUGCUGCCGUUCUUCCCGGACUUCGUCACCAUCGACCACUUCAAGGAUGCCAUCUGUAUGUCCCUACAGGAGUAUAACCAGCACAUAGAGGCACUCAAGGAAGAGAUGCAGGACGCCACGGAGAGCGCCAAGUCGAUCCGCUCGGACAUCCAGGAGAUGAGGAACAAGUACAGCGUGGUGAAGGCGCAGGGGAAGUGCUCGUCCUGUCGCUACCCCCUCCUCACGCGGGGGUUCUACCUGUUCCCCUGCCAACACGUGUUCCAUUCCGACUGCCUGGUCACCGAGGUCACGCCCAACAUGGCCUCCGCCAGGAGAAACAAAGUGGACAACCUGCUGAGAGAUAUCAACUCAGCACCCGCCACUCCACAGGCAGCAGCUGCCACAGAUGCAUCCGCAGCCACGACGGCGAUGUCAAAGGGCGAGCAGCAGAAAAGCGAGCUGGACGACAUGAUAGCGUCAGAGUGCCCGUACUGCGGGGAGAUGAUGAUCAUGUCUAUCGACAAACCCUUUAUCGAACCUAAAGAGUUUGAUGAAGUUGUACAGAGCUGGCAGUAGGGAUAAGUUAGCUUACUAGUAUACCGUGGCAUGAUAUUAGAUUUAAUUCAUAUUUACGUUUUCAUAGCAAUAUAUACAUUCAUACCUGUAAAAUUCUGAUACAGUUGCUUCUUUACAAGGAAAUCAAUACCAAUGACUAGCACAGGGUUGUCUCCAACUUUUAUUCUGAUGUUGUUAAUUUUUGUUCUUUAAUCUAUCUUGAAUUCUUGUCCAUCCCAACAAGCAAAUUUCUAUCCUGGGACAGAGGGACAGGUCCUGGAGGCAGUCCUGGUCUAGCAUUUUAGCAGUCAGGAAUGAAAAUCUAAUUGUAAGAAAACAAUGAUAAUUUUCUUUAGAACUGGUAAGUAGAUUUAAGUCAAUUGUCUCCACGGCAUUCCUGGAAAAAGCGUAUUAAGAAAAUGUGACAUUUUAUGUAUGGUAAAUUGUUUAUAUUAUCAAUUAUGGCAGAAGGCUGAAAGCUGGGUUAGCUAACUAGUUUGGUACAACUUUGAUGCACAUUAUGCUGUGAAAAUGUGUGCAAAAAGCUUUAUUAGCAUUAAUUCUGUGGAAUUUGUAUACAAUUCAUGUAUGUAUAUAUACAAAUUGGAUAUACUUGCACUAUGAUAUUGACUUAGUCAGUUCGGAGACCUGAGUUUGUUUGUAAUGUGCAACAUUUGAUUGAAGCUAUCAAUGACGGAACACAUUUAAUUAAGAAGACUAUGUAUCUAUGUAUGUAGUUCAAUUCUGACCAAGAGAACUGAUCAAGCCCGUUCUAUGUGGACAGGUGGUCA